AUGGACGCUGUACGGCUAUGGAGGGCCACGUCGGGGCCUUUCAGGCUGUUGAUGUUCCAUUCCGCUCCGUCCUGGUCUGCUUCGACCGGGGUUGCUGCGCUCAGGACAGCCAGGACAAGCAGAGACGCCAGGAUCAGGUGCUGCUCAUCCAACGUCGCCGCGCCGGCCUCUGCUGCUCCCGCUGCCUCCGGUGCCCCCGAUCGGCGCCGCGGGAAGAGCGCCUCUACCUCGGAUAGGGACUCAAUUCGUGCCAUUCGUCUCAAGAAGGUCACCCCACUGCCUCUCACUUCUGCUCCUAUUCAGUCUUGAGAGCUAUGUGUUCGUUGCUGCAACACCAAACACCCUCCCCCCAACCCCUGCUUUGGGACUGUUUCUUUCGCGAACUUUCAUCGAGUUUCUGUGUUUGAUUAAUUGACAAUGCAGAUGAGAAGUAACCGUAAUUCUCUUUCUCAAAGUUCAUUGUGAGCAGCUAUUUCUACACUUUCCGUGUCAUAUAAUUGAUUUACAGUCUGGAACAUAGUGAAAUUCAGUAUGUUGAAGCGGUUUGUGGGAUAAUGACUGACUGAGAUAAGAUCUCUGUUUCCAGUUCUUUUUCUUUUAAAGAUAUGCUAUUACAAGGUGGUCUCAUGUUAACGAACUUUCAGAUUUUCGAUUGGUUAUUCCUUGGAAAGUGUUUUUCUUCGUCUAAUGUUCAAUAAAAAGUGAAUGUCAAAGCGAAAUACAAGAAUUAUAUAUGCUAAGCAUGCCGUUUUGUGGAAAUGUAUCUGAACUUUACAAGAGCUCUAUGCGUCUUCAUAAGAGGAUGGCCAAUCACUAAACCCUCACCUCAUUAAGAAACUUCUCCAGAUAUGACAGCGUAUGCUGUCAACAUCACUGUGAUUGCCAGAAAUACAUCAGGCAGUUGAGAAGUUGUGGAAAUCUGGGAGUUUCGAGAUUUUGGUUCCAAAGGUUUAUUUAAGUUCGACGCUUUGAAGCUGGUUAACUAGCUUCUUGCUCUUUCCUGGCUGAUUAUUGUUCUCUGCUUCUCCAGGUGGAAGAAUUGAGGAGCAAGGGUCAUGAACCAUAUGCAUAUAAAUGGGACAGAAGCCAUACUACUCAGCAUAUCCAGGACCUGUACUCUUACUUAGGAAAUGGUGAAGAGUGCAAAGAAGUUUUUGUGUCAAUUUCUGGAAGAGUUGUUGCUCGCCGACAAUUUGGUAAACUUGCAUUCUUGACUUUAAGGGAUGAUUCUGGGAUUAUUCAGGUUUGUUCUCUUUAUGUUUAAUAUGCGAACUUAUUAUUCAUGUUUCCUUAUUAGGUCUGUUUUAUUUAGUAUAUCAUCAUAAUAGCAGAUGUUUGUAUUUGUGGCGUAUGUAUCACGCUGCUAUUAGAUUUUUAUCUUGUUUUCUCUUUGAAUACUUGGUCACUCUUUUCUUAUUGCCAUCUAAUGAUUUAUAUUAAUGCCCCUUAUGCAUCCAUUAUCACCUGUAAUAAGUGUUUACUGUUGUUGUAAAUGUGUAAUCUUUUGUUUAUUUUUCGUUCUUUUUUAAAGUUGGAUAGAAGCACACCAUGAUUAAUAUAUAAAGAGAACAUGUACAGGUGGGUGAACUGUGAACUCUUCCGAGAACCUGAUACGUCAUUUUCGUUUAACACCUGCAUGGUGUAAGAUAAAGUAAAAGAUUCGGGUUCCUAAAAUAACAGAAUCACCCUCUUUCUCUCUCUGACUUUCGUGAAAAUCUCACCCAUUCUUUCAUUUUGUCACAAACCCACAUGAACAACUCAUAGGCUCUAUGACACAUUUCCUCACAAAACUAUGUUACUUUCUCUCUGACCAGAUAACCAAAAGUUUUGCAUACGAGAUGACUUACCAAAAUUUGCGAUCCAGCUUCUUCUGCUUGUGAGUUUCCCCUCAGCUGAAGCUCUCCAGUUUGACUCAGACAUCGCCACUAUAUCCCUAAUUCAGAGCCUAAAAGCAGACAAAGGUUCGAAUAGAAGAAGCAUCCAGAUAACAAUUUUUUUUUCUUGCAUACUUGUUGAAGUUCAUUUAUGUUUUCAUUUCUGGAUGAUUGCCCACUAUUGCAUCCUUUUAAUGCAUCUAGCAUUUUCUUGUAUAUUUUAUGGCUUUCAACUAAAAUAAUCCUGCAUGAUCUGCAAUUUAAUUAGUUUUGAGGUGGACAAGAUGAUUCUUUCGUAAUUGAUCUAAGCCUCAAAUUUCGUCUGAGUUUGGAUCCAUCUGUUGCGUUUUUCAUGUGAUGUUUAGUCAUGAAAUCAGAAUCUGUAUGGGCAUGUAUUGGUGUAAUUUCACAUAGCAAAAAAAAAACGUAGAGGAAUAUGGCAAGUAUGUGGGACCUACCCCACUCAUUUCCAAUUGAUUUUGGCUUGGGACUCAAUUCAUUGUUAGUUUUGUAGGUAAAUUAGGCAUAUUAUUGUUGGCAGUGUAACUUUGUAAUACUAAAUAAUUUUACAAGCUUGUUUUUACACCCGCUGAUUGAUUUUUUGAUUCCUAAUUCGAUUCCAGAAUUCAUUUUGGUUGGCAAAUUUGUAAGUCUUCCCUUCAUUGCUGCAAGUUCGUGGUGAGAAAAGUAGUUAUGAAAGUUCAUUUACUUUUUGAUGACGAAAACCAAUCACUCAAGUGUUUACUUUCAUUUAGUUAUUUUAUUGAUUUUUUAAUAUUUAAUUACUAAUUUUAUGUUGGGCAAGCUGUGGUUAGUAAUAGAAUCUGCAUAUUCUCGUUGCAUAAGUACUUCCAUUUUGUUUUCAGUUAUAUUGCGAGAAGGAAAGCCUCCAGGACGAUCAAUUUGAGCAUUUAAAGGCAUUUGUUGAUGUUGGUGAUAUAGUAGGAGCAAGUGGCUCAAUAAAAAAGACAGAGAAAGGUAAACUAUGAACCAAUCAUGAUUCUUCAUUCUUAUUUAUUGAUCUUUUAUUUAUUGAGUGAAGGUAACGCGAGAGAAUACCAUUGAUUCAUGAAAAGUUACGGUUGCCUAAAUUUCUUCCAACAUCAGCUAAUAAUAAACGCUUGUUUGAUCAAAUUUUGGCUCAUAAUCUAUGUGAAAAGUAUUGGCUUUUUUUCUGCUUGAAGAAGCUAAUCAUUUGACAUCAUACCUUCUGCAGGAGAGCUUUCCAUACAUGUAAAGUCUUUUGCAAUUCUCACAAAAUCUCUACUUCCACUUCCAGAUAAAUAUCAUGGUUUAACUGAUAUUGAUAAGCGCUACCGCCAGAGGUAAGUUUGCAGACAUUCUUAAUUUCUUUAUAUAAAGCUGAAAAAUUCACCUUUCUUCAUGGAUCUUGUUUGCAUACCAUCUUCUGUCCCCUGCUGAGUCCAUGCGUAUUGGACAGCUCUCAAAAAAUGAUUCUUUGAAUGAGGGCUGAGAAGCAUGCUGACCUUUCAUGAUAAUAAAGCUUAGUCUAGGCAAUUCAUUCUAUUGUAAAAGUAAUCAUACUGGGCUUCUUGCGGUAUCACUGCACGAACUGUAUGAAUUACCUUCCAUGAAAUGGAAUGAGAGACUUGAAUUUUGUGAUCUGCAAUGUUGCGGUAUCAUACUCUGAUCAUAGUUUCAUACUUCUGUCAAUGUUGUGAUAGUAUAUGUCACCCUUAAUAAAAGAACAGAAUGCCUCUAAAUGGGAUUAUAAUUUCUUGAAAUAGAAUCCUUUCCACGUGGAAAAGUGCAUAACCAUCUCAAUGCCUGCAAGCCAAAAUUGAUGCUGCUGAAGAACAUGCUCAAAUGCUUCUCAUCAUCAGGAUAUCACAAUAGACUCAUGAAAACAUCAUUCACUACCAUUGCGAGUUCAUUAGGCCAUCACCUGUGAAGCAUUUGGCUUAACAAGAUGCACUGAGAAGAUGUUCAAUAGAAUCACUUGAUUUCAAGCUGGAUAGGCAGAUUUCGACUGGAAUUGGCACAUUCUGUUCUGUAUCUGGGAGUGAAGUCUGGUCAUGAUUUCUCUAAAUACAUAUAACAUCUCAAAAUAGGCCAUUAAACACACUUUUUUCUUUGUUGAUUUAGAUCCCAAACAUUUUAAAACUUGGCUAUGUGUAAGCAAUUCCAGGUUUAUCUUUGUGUUGGUACACUGCCUUCAUGACAUGAAGAGUUGUUGGAGUGCAGCCUUUUUUCAUUUUGUAAAUAUCUGAUUGUUGCUCGUUAGGCUCUCCUCUGUGUCACCACCAGGAUUAACCUUUUAUUUGGUAUUAUAUGCUUCAGAAAAACGUUAUGGUUUUCGUUGUGUGAUUUCAAAAUUUCUGCUCAUUGAGAUUCUUCUGUAGUUGUUGAUUUAUAUGUUGCAUUUUAGGUACAUUGACAUGAUUGCUAAUCCAGAAGUUGCAAAUGUAUUCCGCGUAAGAGCUAAGGUAGCAAGUCUAUCUAAUUCCUUUUCCUUAAAUUUUACGAUUUUACAGAGUCAGUUCUCUCUGUUAGUUAGCUUCCUUUUUUUUAUCCAUUUGCUACUUUUAUCUUCUAUUUACAAGGAUAAACUUCCACCUGGGAGACACGUUCACAAGAUCAAGCCGACAGUCCCCAAUGCUAUACUAGCCCACAGUGAUUAGCGACAUUCUCUAGGCAAAAGAAUCUUGCUUGGGGCAAAUUCAUUAUUUUAAUCACCAAUAUAACCUUGAGUUGUGCUUUAGAUUUGAACCACAUGAGGCAGCUCCCUCCUAAUUCCAGUGACUUUGCACCAAAGUUGCCGGAACCUUUCCUUGUUAUUUUUUCUGAGUCGAGUUUGACGAGAAUAAUAUUCUAUAACUAAGAUCUCAUUUAUUUUCAAACGGAUCCACUUACUAUCUAUUAUUUGGUUUAUUUGUCCUUUAUUAUCAACUGAGGCAAUAGUCAAAUGUUUUGGCACCUCCUCAUGGGGGGUUGAAGCAAUAUUAUUUUGAAUCAGAGCUUUUGAUCUUUUCUUAUCCUGGGGUUUGCAACGAUAACUUGAUAUAUCUACUAUACGACCAUUAAUUAAAGUAUACCAUGGAAUGUUCGAACGCAUGCCCAAUCGAAAUAGAAUGUUAUCCAAACGCAUCUCAAUUAGUUGUAGUAAAACCCGACCUGUUGAUCCUUUGGCUUUUAUCAAUAAUUAGUGCAGCAGCCAAGCAGAAACCUGUAUCAAUUGUCUUGCAAUGAAAAAGAAUAAGAAAGUCGAAGGCAGCAAUAGCAGUUGAAAUGUAGCUUCGUAAACAGCAAUUGUGAUGGUGGUAGCACUGUGGAUUAAGGUCAGGUGUAUCAAUUGCCUUGCCAUGGGAAAGAACAAGAAGAUCAAAGGCAGCAAUAUCGGUUGAAAUGUAGCUUCGUAAACAGCACUGUGAGGGCUGUACCACUGUGGAUUAACGUGCAGGUGCAAUAAGUGCCCAUUUCAGCCUUUUUAAUCCAACUGAGCAACAGCCAGAAGACCCUUUUUCUUUUCUUUACUGAAAAUCAGUUUUGAGAAUUAUAUUCUUGACUAGCUGUGAUCUGGACAGCCCAAUUCCUGAAAUCAUGUUAGAAGCGGCCAAUAUUUUCCUUAAGCAUUCUGACAGUGUUGUUUGGGCAAUCAUCAUUUUUUUCAUGACCCUGGAGUUAUUUUUUGACCAAAACUGAUUGUCUUAUCACUUGUAAAUUCGAGAAAUGGUAGCAAGUUUUUCACUUUGAACUUUUUUUCUAUCGUAGAUUGUUUCUGAGGUACGCAAGACUAUGGAAUCUUUGGGUUUCAUUGAGGUCGAGACUCCAGUAUUGCAGGUCUGUACGACAUUUCAUUCUUUUCCAUUCUUAUAACCUUCUCAUUGUUGCCACAUUUUGCCUUGUCCCCUAUCAGAGGAAGUUUGAAAAUAUUCAUUUACUCAUUAAAUAAUGUAAUGGGUUUUGUUUUUAUGGUCUCAGAAUGGGUGCUUUUUUUGUUCAGAGCUCAUUAGGAUCAUCUUAUUGUUUAAUUACAAUAAUCAUGUGUUCUUGUAAUCAGUAUGAACCUUUUAACUAGCGUAUCUUGGGUGAUAAUUAUAUUCGAGGAGACUUUCAAGUUUAUCGAGUGCUCUUUAAUUUAUUUUAAUUUCAAAGAAAAGAAAAUGGGCGUAUCAACUUUAAUCCUAAGAGGCUCUUGUUCUGUGAAUGUGACAAAACUUGAUCCUUAGUUGUCUAAUUUUAGUGUUAUCUAUUGAAUGAAUUGAUUCAUUAUAUGCUGUCAUAUGUGGGCCGAAAGAUUUCCCAAUUCUGUAAUGAUAUUUAUAUAGCAUGCAUCAAAUCUGUUUACUCGUUUUGGUAUAGUUAGAUUGCACGUAAGAACGAAUUUGGAAGUGGAAUUUAGAGAGUAAUUUUGAGAUUAUAGAAGGUUAUUCUAAUCUUAGCUUGGUGGUGAGAAUCAAGAGAUCUUUUGUUUUCAUGGAGAUGGAGUCCUACUGUUGAAUGUGACAUGGACACAAACCUAUCCAGGCCGGAUUUUCUGGAAAUCCUAAAAUUAAUCAAAAUAUUACUGAGACAAAGGCACAUGCCUCUUUCAUCUCAUUGACGUUAAUUUUAAAAAAGUAACGCUAUUAUUCCUUAUUUCCUUUCAUUUUUGCACACAUACUUUACAUGAUUUUGUGAAUAUCUUGUGAUCUGAUCUCUUAGCUUUCAUUCUUGAGCUGAAGGUUUUAACUAUUUUGCUUCCAACUUUGUUGCAUCAUUCAUAUAUUUACAUGAAAAACCUCAUUCAAGUAUUCAAGUGAUGCUUAUUUAGUUAAUCAGGGAGCAGCUGGUGGCGCAGAAGCAAGACCAUUUGUGACAUACCAUAAUUCACUUGGAAGAGAUCUUUUCCUGAGAAUUGCUACAGAACUGCACCUGAAGAGAAUGCUGGUGAGUUUCAUGAAAUGCUAUCAUCUUUAAUCAUUUUUGUUUAUUUUUACUUGCAUGUAAUUUUUUCUUCCUUUCUUAAUGCUCUACUGACAUUUUCCCAGUGAUAGCAGAGGCCAGAUUUAAUACUACCUUAUUUAUCUGCAUUUUAAUGGAGGAACCGCCGACUUUUAUUUGCAACUUGCAGGUCGGGGGCCUCGAGAAGAUUUAUGAGAUUGGCAGAAUAUUCAGGAAUGAAGGCAUUUCAACACGCCAUAAUCCUGAAUUUACAACAAUUGAGGUUGUCAUUAUUUCCUAGUCUCUUUUUUCUAGUGAUUUUUUUUAAUGCUUAGAAGAUCACUUUUUUUUCUCAAUAUACCUUGUGAUAUAGUUAUAUGAAGCGUAUUCAGAUUAUCAAAGCAUGAUGAAUAUGGCAGAGGAGAUUGUCACCCGAUGUGCUCAAGUGAUUCAUGGAAAGCUUAACAUUGAGUACCAGGUAAGAAUUUGGCUGUUACCAGGCCACUGCAUUUCUGUUUUGUUAUUUCAGUUGAGUUAACGUGUUUAUACUCACUGUCAUCAACACUAUGCUUACUGCAUGGUGGACAUGUAAAUUGUGGGAACUCUUGUCCAAAUAUUAUUUUUAUUCAUUCGCCAUGGCUCACUGAGCUCAAUCAAAUAGAAACUCUAGAAGGAUUUGGUUAAAAACCAAAUGUUUUUUGGUUCACCUGAGUGAAACCACUUCAUACUUGAUGAAAGAAGAUGACCAGAAAUCCUCCCAAUCAUUUCAGUUGUGCUUUCAUUAAGGGUUUCUUUUUUAUGCUUACUGAAUGCUGCCUCAUCUAGACCUAUAGAGGCCAGUCUGAACUUCAGUUUUUUGUGCACACUCCUGAUCGUAUUCGGUGUAUCUUUGCUGCCCUUUGUCACAUGAAGACGGCUUAAUUUUGUUGUGUGCUCCUGCGAAAAAUCCUCUUCUUUGAUGGAAGAUAAACAUUCUUGAACGUAUCCAGUGUCUCUUUGAUACCAUUUACCAGAUGAAGACUGCUUAAUUUGUUUGUGCACUCCUGGGACAAAUCCUCUUUUUUGUUGGAGGAUGAAUAUCUGUUAAUUUUGAUCUUGGCUAUGUAGGUAUCCACUAAUAUAUGGCACAGAGGACAUCUCUAUAGAAUCACACCAUUUAUCUGCUAAUUUUUAUUUAUAUAUAUCUUUUUAGUGCUGUAUUUUUUCAUCCUAUUCAAACAUGGCUCUUUCUCUUUGACCUAUAUAUUUUGAUAGAAUAGAGCUGAAGUUACACACUGCUUCACAUUAUAUCGACGACGUUUUUCUUUUAUCAAGGCUGGAUAGAGACCUUAUAAUGAGAUUUGAUUUGUAGCAUCAUCAAUAUGAUCUCUUGUAUUCGUCUGUUUUCCAAUUCAGAUUUCUACUGUAGGGAUGCUGAAUUGGUUUGUGAUAUAGAAUUGUUAUUGUCCAAAUUGAGCUGGCUGAUACAUAAACAACGCUAUCUUGAGCACUAAUGUUAUGAUCGCUGCUGAAUAAUCAUAAUGGUUUAACUUUUUCAUGAACUAGGCGAGCAGUGUAAGAAUCGCCACUGUAGUUUAUUAGUGCUUCUUUCUAAUGAUUUAUUAUUUUCGAUAAUUUUUAGGUAUUGUAAUCUUAUGUGCUUCAAUUCUCAAUAUGAAUGAAAAUCUUUUCUAUUACUCUCAGGGAACUGAGAUUUGUCUAGAGAGGCCAUGGCGGAGAGAAACCAUGCAUAAUCUUGUCAAGGAACACACUGGUAUUAACUUCACAGAUUUUGGAGAUGAUGUUGAAGCUGCUAAAGAAGCUGCAAUCAAGGCCCUUGGAAUUGGGUCAGAAGAUAAAGACAGCCUUUUUAUUCAGACAUGCCCAUCUGUGGGGCAUGUCCUGAACGAGGUAAGACGAUAAACUUCUGAUGUCAACAUUAGAUGUAUCAAAUAUUUACUGUUUUUUAAGGUACCACGUAGUUGGAUUGCCUAUUUGGCAUGUUCGUUUUCAAGGUUACUAGAGAAAUUCUAUAAAUACCACCAUGGAAGUCCCAGCAGAAGAAUUUAAUAAAGGCUAUCCCAAUACAACGUUUGGAAAGAUGUCUCUUCUCUUUAGAAAAUGUGGUGUCAUUUUGUGCUUAUGGCUAGUUGGUUGAUGUUUUUGAGAAACGCUGCUCAACCCUUAUAUCAUUGAUCUGGGAGUUGAGUUGAAAGUUUAUUUUAAGAAAAAUAAUCCUGGGGUUUCAUUUUGUCAAUAUACAGUUUUCUCUUUAAAAAAGGCUAUAAAUGUUGGAUUUCCCAGAAGUAGAAACCUGUGUUUUCUGUAUGGGUAAACAUUGAAACAGCAUAUUUAUGGUAGAUAUUGCAUUGUAGUCAAUUAAGGGAUGGUUAACGUUUAUGCUGCUCAGCAAUUCGGUUGUCUAUUCCCUGGAUACUAUUAUUGAGUGUUCUUAUUAUACUUUCCUCUAUUGGACAUCCAAACUUCAUUUUCUUCGUGAAACUACUGCCACAGGUUUUCGAGCUUGUUGUCGAGCCCAAUCUAGUACAGCCCACAUUUGUCCUUGACUAUCCUGUUGAGAUAUCUCCUCUGGCUAAACCUCAUCGAAGGUACUGAUAUCUUCAAGAACUUCAUUCAGCCGUACAUUUUAAUACAAACUUCUGAAAGUUUUGCGUAGUAUUUUGUUUAACUCUUUUUACUUGCAUGAAUUUUUUAAUCUUUCGGGUUCUCUUACCGAUGUUGUUUGCCGUUGUUCGUGAACCCUGGCAUGCGAAAUCGUUCAAUUUUUUAGGUUUUCUAGUAUGAUUGAGAUAAUAUGUUCAUUAGUUGACCAUGACGAUUUCUGAAUAAGUAAACUGUUUAACAUUUCCUUUUUGGACUCGUCUUGGUGGACAGUCGAAGAAAGAUAGGAUACAUAUAAGUAAUUGUGUUAGAAUCCUGUCCAGACACAGUGAGCUUCUAUCAUAUUACAACUCAGAGAUUCCUGAAGAAACUGGGGCAGACUUGACAAAAUACAUUAGCAAGAGCAAUGUUUCGUUCUUUUUCAGCUUUAAUUAAGCGUUUCUUUUUUCUUGCUGAAAGUGUUCAUGAACUCGACCCUAAUGGGUAAUAAAUGAGACAUUUUUCGCUCUGCAUAUCUACUGAACCCUGACUAUUUCUCUUGUUUUUUUAGAGACAUGUGCGGCGUGUGUUAUCUUUAACAUUUGAGUCACUUUCCCCUAUCAGAUUUAUUUUAUUGUUCUGGAAUUUUUUUUAAAAAAUUCUAUCGAUCAUUUUGAGUUGGUAGAAGAAAAGAAACUGGGGAUAUGUCGUGGUGCUCUAUAAUCAACUUGGAACUGAACCAAGUAUUUCCAUUUGAAAAUCACUGGCUUUAUAAGGAAUCAUUGGGAGAGCAAAUGCUGAGGCAGCCUUGAUUCAUGCGUUACCCUUUAAGCAUAAAUUUUGUGAGUAUGAAGGCAACCAGAUAAUGACUGAUCAACUACACAUUGAUUGUGGGUGACAUCUUGAAAACGAACCUUUCUAAUUGUUGUAGGACCAGUUUUGUCAAUUGAUAUUUAAUAGAAAGUUGGUUAAACAUUGGCUGAAACAAAAAAAAAUAUUAGGACCACAAUUUCCGGUUCCGGAGGCAUUACACUUGUUCAAUCAGUGUUCUAGAUGAUGACGCGAAAGCUUUAUUGAGGAAAGAAGCUCAGUUAAAAGAUAGCCAUAAAUUUUAUUUUAUAAAGAAUAAAGAAAUUGUGGACUUUUCUUACAACAAAGUUUUGCUUGCUUCACAAUAUCUUCCCUGCUUGCUUCCCAGAAUUGGUUUUUGAUUUUCUCCUACGUUUGGAAAAAUAUCAUCUUUCUCCAGUCUCUUGUUUCCCAUUAUCUCUUCUUGAUCGUUUUUAGGUAUUAAAUCAUAUUUUUAGGUCGAUUUAAUGCAUCUUUCUGUAAGAAGUAACAGAGAAGAUUCAACCCGCACCAUGUGUUAAAUUUCUCCUGCAAACAUUGAAGAUACCUUGAAUAAGAAAUCUAUCAUCCAAUUUCAGGUUCCAGUGCCUGCAACUACUAUGCUGGUCCUGUUAAGUGAACUUUUAGAAGCAUUCAUUUUUUUAAGUGACCGAUUAAGAUAUAAAUGAACCUGACAGCGGUUAUGGGAUCUAGUCAAUCCUUUAUUUUAUUAAAUGUUUUAUGUUUUAUAUUUUUAUGUUUUUAGAAGCAGGAAUUGAGUUAUGUUGUAAUGCAGCUUAUUCUAAGCAACUGCAUUAUGUAUGAUUAAAGCCACUGCAACUCUUUUUGCUUGUGUACUGGGUGGUGUUCAUCUCUUGGCAUUUAGUGAUAUUAUUGGUCCAUUAUACAGUAUUUAUUUUCUCCACUGCAUUAAUUAUGCAAAUUCAUUAACCUUUCGUUUUGUGAUUAUUUCAAUUUUUAGUUUAAUAAUGACCCGGACCGUUAAAUGUAACCGAUAGAAAUGAUCUUUUCUCCUUUUAUCACAUCACAGGCAUUCAGGUCUGACCGAGCGCUUCGAACUUUUCAUUUGUGGCCGUGAGCUUGCGAAUGCAUUUUCUGAGCUAACAGAUCCUAUGGAUCAGGUUUGCAAUAUUAGACAGCAUUCAAUUAUUUUUCUACUGUUACUCUAACUGUCGUAUUAUUGGCCUUUUUUCCCUAGCUGUAGAACUUUACACUGAUAAAAAUGCCAACCAGAGUGAGGCAAGCAGAUAUUGAAUUUUUUAUGAAUUUUAUCUUAGAGCGAGGCCAGCAGAUAAUUUGUUUCCUUCCCCAAGCAGAAGAAGCUCAUUCCAUUUGUAUCCCCCCAGUAAGUAGUCAUCUGCUGGCAUUGUGCGAGGGAAUUUCUCUCCAGUCUGUCUAAAAGGAAGUCUUCUUUAGUUGAAACACUCUCUUGAAGGUCUAAUCCCUGAAAAUCAGAGUGUGAAAGCCUGGCCGAACUUUGACAUCACUUCUCCAGCAAACAAUUAUUUCUGUGUUUUAUGUCACCGAGUGGGUUCAUGGCAAUAAUUUUACAUCUUUCAUGAUAAAUCUCGUCCUCGCUGUUAUGUUUCUAUAGCUGGUCCCGUACACAGUGUUGUGGCAGGGUGAUGCUUUUAUUUCUGAAUGAGUCCUCCUUCCAUGUGGCAGAGAGCUCGCCUGGAAGAGCAAGUAAAACAGCAUAAUGAGAAGCGUGCAGCCAUUAACCCACCUAAAGACUUAUCUGAAGAGAAAGAGAAAGACGCGGACGACGAUGCCUAUGAAGUCACCCUAGAUGAGGACUUCAUAACUUCUCUAGAGUAUGGGAUGCCUCCUGCUUCAGGGAUGGUAUGAUAAGAGCUCUUUCUGUAUCCUCUAUUCAUAUUAAUGCCUCGUUUUAAAGCGCUUCGUAAGAUUGCUGUCUAUGAUUUCAAUAAACGGCUCGAGGAGAAUGGAUUCCUCCGCUCAACUUUAAAUGAUCUGGCGUGUCCUGAUCAAUGAUCUUUCCAGGGACUCGGGAUCGAUAGGCUGGUGAUGCUUCUCACAAACUCAGCCAGCAUACGGGAUGUCAUCGCAUUUCCCGUUCUCAAGAUCCAGCAGUGA